CAUAGUAACGGCCGCUGGAGAGCGGAACUCCGAGCUGAGAGUAGUGCGCAUGCGCCGUGGACAGAGCUGGACAUGGAGAGGGAAGAAGCGGCUGCAGAGGCGGCUGAGUCGUGGUACCAGCUUCCAGCAGAGGAAGAUGCCAGCAUCACCAUGCCCACGUUCGGUGAGACGGCGGCCCCCGGUGAGCACACAGACUUCCCCAGUGUAGAGGAGGGCACUCUGCUGUCGGAGCCGGAGAUGAGGAAAGACUUCUCUGCUGGACGGAUGGACUCUGUGCGGCUGGAGAUCCAGGACAGUCGCCUGUCUCCCUGCCUUCCGCUCCUCACCACCCUCUCAACCUCAGGAGACAAGUUCUUUGGAGACACUUUGUUCCAGAAGACAGUUGGGGACGACUUUGCUCCUCUGAGAGCUUCCUUGGACAUGUCAGAGUUCCCCGGACCUCCAUCAAAGUUGCUUCAGAUGAGUGAUGCUGUGGAGCUGGCCAGUAAAGAGAUAACCAUAGAACAGGAGGAAGUGAGCAUUUGUCUGUCCCAGCAUUACUUGAGGACAACCCUGGAUGACAAUGGAGAUGGUGGUGGGCUUCACCCAUUUUCUUUAAGCCAUGGUGAAAAAGAUGAUCGAGGCAAUGAACUGGAAUCAGAAGUCAUAAAACUGACAUUAUCUGAUGAUGUUAUUCAACCUAAAGUGGAUGAGAUGAGCAAGGAUCUGGGAAGUGAAGAUGGGGCCUUCUUAAGCAGCAGUGUCCCUGCCCCUGUGUUGAUGCAACUGCUGGAGAAAGAAGUUAGUAUGUCAAGUAGCAGUGGAAGGUCCUCUAGACGUUCUUCAAAGUCAUCCUCUGCUGGAGGUUCAGAGAACAUUCAAAGGACGAAACGGGAAUCUGAUCUAGAACAUCAGAACCUCAACAUCCAGGAUCCUGGGACUACUUGCAACCAGUCUUUAGAAGAGUCAUUUAGAGACUCAAGUCAAAUAGAUUUUGUAAAGGAUAUUGAAAGAGAAACUGAAGAUCCCAGUGGGAUAACUCUGCGACAGAUGAGGGAACAGUCAUUUCAGCCAGUGAGAGACUCUCUCCACAAGCAGCUCUGCUCCGAAAUCCAGCAACUAUACCAGGAAAGGAAGACAUCAGAGGGUACCAAGAGCGAGAAAGAGUCCAUUAGUCCCGAAAGUACACCUUUGCUCAACAAAACCCCUUCUGAACCACCCAACAAGGUGGAUGAGACAGUGGUGGAAGACCACUUGAAGGAAGAGUUGAGUAGGUUAUCUCGUUGUAGUAUAGAACGUGGACAUAAAGAUACAGAGAUGUCGCACACAGGAAACACUCCGGUAGAUGAGGCUUCAUUCAUUGGCAAAUUGCCUCAUCCUGUCUCUCAGUCGACGCCCGGCACAUUUACAAUGAACCGUAAACCACUGUCAGGUCGAAUACAGCAAAUCAAGGCCAAGCUGACCGGUUCUGAUAUGUCGUUAAAUGAGGAGCCUUCCACAGAGUCUUCAGCCCACAAAGCAGCUCCUUCUGCAGUGGUCCAGUCUAUCCAGAGCAGCCAAGGAUACCCAGAGAGCAGUGACUCUCAGAGAUCACUGUCUCCACAAAGACAGAGAAUUCAGUCUCUGCCGAGUCUCAAUUAUAUUGAGAAGGUUGGAGCUUGGAAUACAAACCAGACAUUUGAUGCCUUGGUUCUUCGUGGUUUAACUGGCGUGUCUCCUAAAAAGUUAGCAUAUAAUGCUGUGGCCGAUUCCUUGAACCGCAUGUUCUCCAGGCAGACCAGUGCCACAACUCCGAACAAAGGGCCCUCUGCCACAGUCAAAGCCACGUCCUCUAUGACCAACCUGAGUGUGGCCGAGAGAGACUCGACCGCCAUCUCCCAAAUCGCCAGGUCUCAGUCUUACAACUCUGUGCUACCUGGAAGAGAUCAAACCGAAGCAGAGGCACAUGAGACACCCAAGUCCGAAACAUCACAGUCGCAUGUCUCGUUGAGAGGUUCCUCCUCCACUGUGGUUAACUCUAGUGAGCCUGUCCAAAAAAACACUAGUGAUGCAGGUGUCAGAGAACGUGACCUUCCUGCUGCUCAAACGACUUCUGAAUUUAAGAAGUCACAUGGUGGACAAGAAAAGAUGUGUGAUGGAUCGGGGAAUCAGAGUCGUAACUUUGUAACAAUGGAUCGAUUCAGUGAUGUCUCCUCUGAUCAAGAAUAUGCUGAUAGCUCACAUUCCAGUAACAAGGAGAAGGGAUCUCUGACUUCUGCAAAGCAUCACCUGACUGGUGGAGAAGGAAAUGAUUGGUCACCAACUGAAGAGACUUCUGGGAAGGAGGAGCUCGACAUAGAAGAACGCAUACCUACGUAUCUCAGGAACCUCGGUAUCGACCAGUCCCCUACUACUAUCCUGACACCAUUUGCUCCAAAGGGACCCAUCCGAGAACCAGAAUUCUCCCCCUCAGAACUAAGAACAAUCAAGGGAUCCACAGCGACUCCCAGCCGGAGCAUGAGGCUCUCCGAAGGGGGCUCUCAGAGUGCUGUGAAUAUUUCCCAGUCCAGUCUGUAUUCGUCCACCUCGACCACCAGUGUAUCCAUUCCUAUGGGAUCAGACGUUGGGCCGGAAUCUCCUUUACCCACUGAAUUGUCUCCUGCGUUUGGCUCUGGGUCUGCUGACGAUAGACCGAUCAGCCAGGAUGACACCAUGACUCGGGGUGUAGGAAGUGGUUUGGAGGUGCACCAUGUAGAGAGGUCUCCGGCCAUUGAACCAGUCAAUGAUCUUAACUCGCCGUCCCAAGGGUUCAUGAAUGAGGAGAACACAGAGUCCGCGCCAGUGAAACAACUGAUAGAGCAGUUUGAGUCUGGUGGAUAUGAUGGGACCAUCUCACAUGACAGUGUACAUGAGCAGGUGUCAUCUUUACAAGGUUACUCCCAAAAAACUCCCACCAUAGAUCCUGUCAACGACUCGUUUGUUGGGUCCAAAACCCUCAAAGAGAUCCGGAAACUCUUGGCAGAAGCAGAAGAUAUUGGUCUUGAUAGGACUAGUUCUAGCUUACAACGAGCAUCUCCAGUAGGGGAUCCAUACACUGAGGCUCCUUCAAGGUGCCUAAAUCUAGAAGACUCUCUGAAUAGCAGAUCAGCAAGUCCUCUGGAUCUGCAGGUCAAGGACAUGUCUUGGGACUUGUCAUUUAAUAGCAGCCUAACAGGUGACCACUUGGGAAAUAAAGAUUUGUCAACGACUUGGAACAGUGACACUGUCCAUAGUUCUUCUGUCAGAGACAACUCUUAUUUAGGAGAACUUAUUGGAAUCAGAAACACUCAGGCCGCACCUUUCAGUCAACGGAGCCAGUGGGGAAGGUCAGAGCCAGAAGGCUGCAGUAAAGCCACCACAAAUAAGAUGAUGCCAUCUACUGCUAACGUCAGGGGUGAAAGGGAGUUUGUGGAUGUAACUGAGAAGGUGCAGCGCAGUGAACAUCUUUUAAGCAGCGUUUCAAGCUCUGUGGGAGGCCUGAAAAACGCACUAGCCCUAACAGGAAGUGGGUACGUUCGAGGGAGGGAAACUGAAAGUGACGAAAGUAGUGGAGACUCCCUGGCGGCGCGAGUUACAAACCUCUUGAGGAACGACGCCCCAUCGGUGCGAACAAGGCAAAGUGCAGAAGAGGAGGAAAGGAGAGCUCGAGGUUCAGUGAAGCUGAAGCUGACCGGUCGCUCGGUGACGCCGGACACGGAACUAAGCGAAGAGGACAGAAGACGGAUAGAGGAAAUCAAGAGAGAGCUGCUGGAUGGGGCUAAGAAGGCAGAGAAGGAUUAUUCACAUCCCAACAAGCUGGCUUCUUCAGGAGACAUGGGGGAGUUCAGGUUACAGCUGACACCAUCACCUUUCCAGUUACCCCUCACCAGAUCUCAGUCCUCUGAGGGAACAAAAAAUAUAACCUCCAGUGUCCAAGCAUCAGAUGUCCAGCAGGAAGCUAAGUAUGGAGGAAUGACUAAAGACCUGUCCUCUGUGAUGUCUGAUCUCCCUCCACCGACCUCUGCUUCAUAUCAACAAGAUCCAUUAACUGGAGCAGCGGGAAGAACUAUUACUGAACUGAAGAGCCAAAACAUGGCACCCGCGAAAUCCACUGAAGAGGCCACAAAGCCAAUAUCUUCUAUAACAUUUUCCUCCCGUAAACGUUCUUCGCCUCUGCCCGGCGCUCCCGAUGAAGGUUCUCAGCCACGUCCUUCUGAUUUACAAGUUGUCUUCGAUAAGUCACUAGCCAACCAAGGUUUGAACCGUAGACCUUCUCCUGAACCAUCAGUGUCAAAUCAUGUCCAUCGUUUUCAUCAUCAAGACUACCAGGCUGAUAAAGAUGUGCUUCCUGCACUUGCGACUUUUCAACAAUGGCGUCCUGGAGAAUCUACAACCAAAGAAUAUUCACCAAGGUCCUGGGCCACAGAAAAAGAAUAUUCUGCAGCUGCAUCUAUAUUAUGGACCUCUGGUCCAACUGUUGAGAACUUUAGUACAUUCCCAUGUCCUCCAAAAGAAAAUGAAGGUUCUCAGCCACGUCCUUCUGAUUUACAAGUUGUCUUCGAUAAGUCACCAGCCAACCAAGGUUUGAACCGUAGACCUUCUCCUGAACCAUCAGUGUCAAAUCAUGUCCAUCGUUUUCAUCAUCAAGACUACCAGGCUGAUAAAGAUGUGCUUCCUGCACUUGCGACUUCUCAACAAUGGUGUCCUGGAGAAUCUACAACCCAAGAGUAUUCACCAAGGUACUGGGCCACAGAAAAAGAAUAUUCUGCAGCUGCAUCUAUAUUAUGGACCUCUGGUCCAACUCCAAAGGAAAAUGUGGAUCCUGGACGUGUAAAUUCAGAAGAUUCUAUACUUAUUAAUCAUGGUCUUCAGCAGAAGAACAAUAGUGGUGGUGGCCAACUAAAAACAUAUAGUGGACUGACUAGUGAGGAUGGAUUACUUCCUUUAUCUGCUCAGGAACUUCAGACCAGACCAGCUAUAUCGUCUCCAACUCGGAAAGCCCUUUCUUGUAUCCAUGUCACAAUCUCUCCGAAGGAUGACAUGAAAGUGCUUGAUGUGUCCAAAGCCCUGGUGACAUUAGAUACUGAUAAUGGGUCAUUGGCUCCAGAACUAAGGACAAAUGGCGAUAUGUCUAGGUCAUCUUCUUCAAACCUCUCCAGGAAUGACCAGGUCCUGAGCUGUAAUGACCUAUCUGCUGGAACAGUCCCAGUCGGCAGCUCCCACGUAAUCCAUAUAAGAGACCGUAAGACCACUCAUGAAGAUAUCGUCCAGUUAAUGGGCAAAGAAAACCUUCCCCACAGAUCGAUCCAAACUGAAAGAAGAAGCUCUCCAUUAUCUGAUGCCACUACCCAGAUAACCACAGAAAGUCCACAGAAAACCACCUUUUCAUCUGAGAUCUUUGUUGAUGGGUCAUUAAGAGAAGCCUCCACAUCGUCAAUCCUGAGAGUCAACGAAACUCCUGAACGGCAGACACCCUCCCGUUCACCACUGUCCUGCCUGUCCCGAGCUACAGAUCAACCUCUGCUGCUGCCGUACCGACCGUCGGGGAGCCCAGAACUGUUCUAUGUGCCCUUUAUGGGAGGAGGAUCCAGAAUGUCCCCGGUCAGCACCAUCGAGAGCUCCCACCCAGGCUCCAACGAUGCCAUUUCCCCAAAGUUUCCCCCGGAUGUAUUGGGGUCCGCCACAGAAAAGCUGCCAGACCCCUCUUUACCCAGACACCGAGAGGGCAUCUACAGUAAAGAGCCGAGCCCGAAAACAGCAGAGUGGAAGCAAAAGCCGGCUAGAGGCCGGAUUGACGACCUGAAAUCCUCCCAGCGUUCAUCAAGCCCCUCUCCACCGCAGUCUCUGGCAGAGAAGGAUCCUGGGAGCUUCGGUAACAUGUCCUCCAGCACUGUCCAUCCUAGACAUUCAGAGUCCAUGGGGCGAUCGGACCCUAGGGGGCUGCAGCCGGCUCCUUCCCCGGAGGACAGCGAGUUCCUUCCUUUACAGCCGGAAAUUUAUUAUUCCCAAGAUCAGGCAAAUAUUACCCGACCAGCGAGGUCCAAGGCCCUGGAGGUGACGGUGAGGAAGAAAACUCACUCUGUGACUAGCACUGACCUUCCUGGACAAGGUCACAAGAGUGGACAGACCCCUGGAAAACCGAGAAGCUCAACCCGCAGCAGCCUGGACAGGAGCAUCUCUAGAAGUCAGAGUGUGGUCUCCAACCAGAGCCUGGACGAUCUGUGGACGCGCUAUACGGAGGGCAGAAGAAGACAGGCGACUGAAUCCAGCAACAAGCUGGAGGUGUCCCUCGUGGAACGUCUGGAGCGCCUGGCCAGGCUGCUGCAGAACCCACCAUCCCACUCACUGACGUCAUCUAAAGAUGAAAAGAAGGAGGAUAACCAUGAGAAGAAAGCCGCCCGGGAGCAGUGGUACCGAAAGAAACUGGAAGUGGAUGACGAUUCAGUGGGUAAACCCUACGAGGACAGUCCUGACAGCGGCUCGCUGCUUUCAGAGCCCUUGUCUGAGGUGAGAAGUAGUGUGACUGAUAGUGCCACCACCACCACAGCGUCACAGGUGGGCAGCGAGACCUCCUCCGGCUCCAUGUCCACGAUAGACACCAUCAGACUGAUUAAUGCCUUUGGAGCUGAGAGAGUUCUCCCCUCAUCAAGGCUCAGCCGUCUCUACAGCACCAUCGACCUGCAAAAGAAACGCACUGAGGAGACUGCGAAAGGGUCAAAACGAGCAUCUGUCGGCCGGGGGCAGUCCAGGGUGGCAAUACAGGAGCUCCCGAAGAGUAAGAUGGCAGAUGCUGAAUCUGUCACCUCGUCAGAUGGUUUAAGGGAACCAACUCCAGCCCUACGAGAGAAGAAGAGCAGCCGAAGACAGAACAAAGGCGUUCAGGCAGGAGAGCUGGAGAUUGUGAUGAGCGCCACCAGGAAGAACACCAGAGAUGUGGGAACCACCUUCCCGUCCCCAGGAGGUGAACGGCUGACUGGUCCGGCAGCUUCUGAGAACAUGGAGGCCAAUGUGAGAACGUCCAAGAGCAAAGUGAACACGAUGGCACAGUACGUCCCACCAGGGCUGAGCUGGUUUGUCCCAGCUGAAGAUCUGAAAUCCGAGUCCCGGAAAGAGAACAUGCCGGGGGUCCCAAAAGGUCCAGGUCCAGUCUGGUACGAGCCAGUAACCAACACCAAACCCUGGAGAGAACCCCUGCGGGAGAAGAAUGAGCAGGACUGGGCCACAGGCAGACCAGGCGGUCCGAUCCACAGCACCAGAGUCAUCCCCGAUGCACAGGCCAAGCCAUUCAUCAGGGUGACCCUGCAGGAAUAUCUGAGGUCUCAUCGGCCGGACUUCAUCUUCCGCUCCAGGGAGAGGGUAAAACGACUGCAGCUUCUCGCUGAGGAACGCAAACUCCAAAGCGUGUUCCAGGGUGAAAGAGAUGAGCUCUUCAACCAGACAACGAGAAGCAGAGUCCCCCCAUACAAAGAUUCCAGAUUAUUCCAGCAGAGCCGAACCGUCCCGAAGAAAGAGAUGAUCCAAAGGUCCAAGAGGAUUUACCAGCAGCUUCCAGAAAUCAGGAAGAGAAAGGAGGAAGAGAAGAGGAGAUCGGAGUAUGAAACCUAUCGUCUGAAAGCCCAGCUGUUCAGGAAGAAAGUGACCAAUCAGAUCCUGGGCAGGAAGACCCCCUGGAACUGACCCCUCCCCCUGCACACCAGGAGGUGCCUUCUUCCCGACAUGUGACCAUACAGGCCACGCCCCUCCAACUCUGUUUUGUAUAUUUGGGUUGUUUCUAUUAGAUAUUAUUUUUAUAUAUUUGUUUUUUAAUAAUUUAAAUAAAUUUAAUAUAUUUGGAUUUUCUA